CUGCUCACAGCCAGUUUCCACACACAUACACACACACACGCACACGCACUUACAUUCACUCACUCAUACAUACACACACACAUACACACACACACACCGCCGUGGUGGUUAGUCCGCCGCUGCCACUACCAUCGCUGCCGCAUGUGUCGGUGCGCUCACAGGUGGAUUGUAACACUGCGGGCGAUUGUAACCUCCAUGUCAUCAGUGAUGGGGAGGACCACCAUGUAGAGGAGGCAGCAAUGGGAAGCCAUGCAUGGAGCGGGUCUGGACUGCAGCCGUGGAGAGCCUGAGCUCCUCAUCCUCCUCCUCAAAAAGGACUGGUGUGACCUUCUCAGGACCUGACCACUGGGGCCGUCCGACGCUCACCUGGAUGCUCCCUGCAGUCUCUUCGUCACCCCCCUCCCCUUCGGUCCUCCUCUCCUCAGUGUUGGAUUUUGCCCCCCUUUUUUAAUAUCUAUAUUUAAGCGGCAUUUUUCUUUAUUAUUUUUUUGGUUGCCAACUUGGAGACAGAUCCUGUCCUCAUAGCAAUAACAACUGUGAACGGACUGAGUGGCGGGCAUCAUGGGGGACAUGUCCAACAGCGAUUUCUACGCCAAGAACCAAAGAAAUGAGGGCAACCAUGCGGCGGGCUUCGGCUGCUCGCUCAUGGAGCUGCGCUCGCUCAUGGAGCUGCGCGGCACCGAGGCGGUGGUCAAGCUACAGGAGGACUACGGGGGCGUCGAGGGACUCUGCACACGACUGAAAACCUCACCCACGGAAGGCCUGGCAGGUGUCCAAGGUGACCUGGACAAGAGGAAAGAACUAUUUGGGAAAAACCUGAUACCUCCAAAGAAGCCAAAAACCUUUCUGCAGCUGGUAUGGGAGGCCCUGCAGGACGUCACCCUCAUCAUCCUGGAGGUGGCCGCCCUCAUUUCCCUGGGCCUGUCUUUCUACCACCCGCCUGGAGAGAGCAGUGGAGAGUCUUGCGGCUCCGCGACGGGUGCCGUGGAGGGCGAGGGCGAGGCGGAGGCGGGCUGGAUCGAGGGCGCCGCCAUCCUCCUGUCUGUGGUGUGCGUGGUGCUGGUGACCGCCUUCAACGACUGGUCCAAGGAGAAGCAGUUCCGCGGGCUGCAAAGCCGUAUCGAACAGGAGCAAAAGUUCCAGGUGGUGCGCGGCAGCCAGGUCAUCCAGCUGCCCGUGGCGGACAUACUGGUGGGGGACAUCGCACAAAUCAAAUAUGGUGAUCUUCUUCCUGCCGACGGAGUCCUGAUCCAGGGCAACGACCUGAAGAUUGACGAGUCGUCGCUGACCGGGGAGUCUGAUCACGUGAAGAAGUCUGCGGACAAGGACCCCAUGUUGCUGUCAGGGACCCAUGUGAUGGAGGGGUCGGGGCGCAUGGUGGUGACCGCGGUGGGCGUCAACUCUCAGACUGGAAUCAUCUUCACGCUGCUGGGGGCCGGCAUCGAGGAGGAGGAGAAGAAAGAAAAGAAAGGAGGCGCACUGGAAGACGGACACCAGAACACAGACUGCUCGCACCCCCCCAUCCACCCCAUCGCCACUAUAGCCACGGAUGGGGCAGCAGGCUUUAAUGCCCCUGGCAGUGCCAACCUCAUUAAUGGUAAAAUGCAAGAUGGCAAUAUGGAGAGCAACCAGAUUAAAGUGAAGAAGCAGGACGGCGCAGCCGCCAUGGAGAUGCAGCCUCUGAAGAGUGCCGAGGGAGGAGAGGAGGAGAAGGAGAGAAAGAAGGUGUCCAUCCCCAAGAAGGAGAAGUCUGUGCUGCAGGGGAAGCUCACCAAGCUGGCCGUCCAGAUCGGCAAAGCAGGGUUGCUCAUGUCCGCCAUCACGGUCAUCAUCCUGGUCCUGUACUUCGUCAUCGACGCCUUCAUCGUCCAGAAGCGUCCUUGGCUGCCCGAGUGCACUCCCAUCUACAUCCAGUACUUUGUCAAGUUCUUCAUCAUCGGCGUGACCGUGCUGGUGGUGGCGGUGCCCGAGGGUUUACCGCUGGCCGUCACCAUCUCCCUGGCCUACUCCGUCAAGAAAAUGAUGAAAGACAACAACCUGGUGCGCCACCUGGACGCAUGCGAAACAAUGGGCAAUGCCACCGCCAUCUGCUCGGACAAGACGGGCACGCUCACCACCAACCGCAUGACAGCCGUGCAGUGUUACGUUGGAGAUGUGCACUACAAGGAGAUCCCAGAGCCCGGGGUCCUACCUCCGAAAUCACUGGACCUGCUCGUCAACUCCAUCUCCAUCAACAGCGCCUACACCUCUAAGAUACUGGCUCCAGAUAAGGAAGGCGGUCUGCCAAAACAGGUGGGCAACAAGACGGAGUGCGGUCUGCUGGGAUUGGUGUUGGACCUGAAGCGAGAUUACCAGCCAAUAAGGAACCAGAUCCCGGAGGAGAAGCUCUACAAAGUAUACACCUUCAACUCAGUCAGGAAGUCCAUGAGCACAGUCAUCAAACUGCCCGACGGGAGCUUCCGCAUGUACAGCAAGGGAGCGUCAGAGAUCGUCCUCAAAAAAUGCAACCACAUCCUGAACGAGGUGGGUGAGCCCAGGCUUUUCCGUCCUCGGGACAAGGACGAGAUGGUGAAGAAGGUGAUUGAGCCCAUGGCCUGCGAUGGUUUGAGGACCAUCUGCGUGGCGUACCGCGACUUCCCCAGCGACCCGGAGCCCAACUGGGAUGAGGAAAACAACAUCCUCAGCGACCUCACUGCCAUUUCCGUCGUCGGGAUCGAAGACCCCGUCCGGCCGGAGGUGCCAGAGGCCAUUCAGAAGUGCCAGCGUGCGGGCAUCACCGUGCGCAUGGUGACCGGGGAUAACAUAAACACGGCGAGGGCCAUCGCUAUCAAAUGCGGCAUCAUCCAUCCCGGAGAGGACUUCUUGUGCAUCGACGGGAAAGAAUUCAACAGGAGGAUCCGCAAUGAGAAAGGAGAGGUGGAACAGGAGCGUAUUGACAAAGUUUGGCCUAAACUUCGCGUCCUAGCCAGAUCUUCCCCAACAGACAAACACACGCUGGUCAAAGGCAUUAUUGACAGCACAAUGGUGGAGCAGAGACAAGUGGUUGCGGUGACAGGCGAUGGCACCAAUGAUGGGCCGGCCCUGAAGAAAGCUGAUGUGGGCUUCGCCAUGGGUAUCGCGGGUACUGAUGUGGCCAAGGAAGCGUCGGACAUCAUCCUGACAGAUGACAACUUCAGCAGCAUCGUCAAGGCAGUGAUGUGGGGCCGCAACGUCUAUGACAGCAUCUCCAAGUUCCUUCAGUUCCAACUCACCGUUAACGUUGUUGCCGUCGUUGUGGCGUUCACGGGCGCUUGUGUCACACAGGACUCCCCCCUGAAGGCGGUGCAGAUGUUGUGGGUCAACCUGAUCAUGGACACGUUCGCCUCUCUGGCCUUGGCCACCGAGCCUCCUACAGAGGCUUUGCUCAGGAGGAGGCCCUACGGACGCAACAAGCCUCUCAUCUCCAGCACCAUGACCAAGAACAUUUUUGGCCAUGGAGUCUAUCAGCUCAUCAUCAUCUUUAUUCUUCUCUUCAUCGGUGAGAAGAUCUUCGAUAUUGACAGCGGCCGCAAUGCGCCUCUCCACGCACCUCCAUCAGAGCACUACACCAUCAUCUUCAAUGCCUUUGUCAUGAUGCAGCUCUUUAAUGAGAUCAACGCCCGUAAGAUACACGGAGAGCGCAACGUCUUUGAGGGCAUCUUUAAGAACCCCAUCUUUUGCACCAUUGUUUUGGGCACCUUCGCUGUACAGAUAAUCAUUGUUCAGUUUGGAGGAAAACCAUUCAGCUGCCAACCUCUGGACGUGGAGAAGUGGAUGUGGUGUGUUUUUCUUGGCAUGGGGGAGCUCAUCUGGGGGCAGGUGAUUGCGACAAUACCCAACAGCAAGCUGCGCUUCCUGCGGAGGGCGGGCCAGCUCAGCCAGAAAGAUGAGUUACCUGAGGAGGACGUCAACGAAGAAAACGAGGAGAUCGACCACGCUGAGAGGGAGCUGAGGAGAGGGCAGAUCCUUUGGUUCCGGGGACUCAAUCGCAUUCAGACUCAGAUCGAAGUAGUCAACACCUUCAAGAGUGGCACCUCCUUUCAGGGGGCGGGAGCUCUGAGACGCCAGUCGUCCACCACCAGCCAGAACCAGGAUAUCCGCGUCGUGAACGCAUUCCGCAGCUCCCUCUACGAAGGCCUGGAGAAGCCCGACUCCAGAACAUCCAUCCACAACUUCAUGACCCAGCCCGAGUUUAGGAUAGAGGACUCCACUCCCAGCAUCCCGCUCAUCGACGACACGGACGACGACUCGGCUCGCCGGAGGAGGAAGUACUCCAGCCAGCCGUCGUCGCCCAACAAGAACAACAACGCCAUCGACAGCGGCAUCAACCUGACCAUCGAUACCAGUAAAUCGGCGGCAUCCUCCAGCCCCGCCAGCCCUUUGCACAGCUUGGAGACCAGCCUCUAACCUCCUCAUUUGACCUUUGAACUGGAACCUCAACGCUCCUACCCGCCCCUCCUCCGUUUGGAAGUAACACACAAUCAAGAAAAGAGAAAAAGCCGCAGUCAUCUUGUGGCUGUUUUGGAGGAGGUGGAGGACGAGGAGGCGGCGUGCGCGCGUGCUAGCAUGCACCGCACAAACUGAUGAUGGCAAAGAGGAAGAGGAAGGACACGUUCUCCUCUGUCCUCAUCCACACUGAUAGAAUUAAAAAAAACCUUGUUAUUAUAUUCAAAUUAUUAUUGUUAUAUUAUUAUUGUCCCUCCUGCAUGAAUGUACAUUUACUCACGUUUUAUUUAAAAAGGGUUUUUUCCAUUUGGAUUAUUUUCUUGUGGCGAGCAGCGGACUCAAGAGUUAAAGCUCUUCUUCUUCUUCUUCUUCUUCUUCUUCUUCUUCUUCUUCUUCUUCUUCUGUGUGGCAUGAUCCAAAAACAUUUGAGUCAUGUGACGAGGUGCCAGGGCUCAACUUGCACAGCAGCUUUGCACCCCCCGCCCCCCAACCCCCUUUCCAAAACACACAAAAAAGAGGAACGCAAAACAAUAAAACGGUGGCGACACAGCAUCAUUUACAGGAUAUACUAGUAUUCUAUAAAUAUGAAAGCAUAUAAAUAUAUUUAGAGAGAGUUUAUCUUUGUCGGCAUGUUGCCUUGUUCCUGCUUCGAAUGGCUCGGAAAAUAACUUUUUGGACUUAUUUAUGUCUUCAACAGAAUGUAAUUUGUUUACAGCAAACUUAGAGAUAUACUUCCUGGUUCUGAGAAGAAGGGAGACGACGCUCACACGGCGUUGUAUUGCUGAGGAGGAUAUACAGUACAAUAACAACACACAAAAAAGAACAGAAAAUAGAUUUAACACAUAAAAAACCUGCUGGAAUUUGCCUGCUAUCUUGUGACAUAUUGUAGAUAUUUUUAGAGGAUUAACAAACAAAAAGAAACCAAACUAUAAUGGUAGUCGAUGUUGAAUCUUAGUAUAAUUCUUUAUGAUGAUUGUCGGGAUGGAGUUGAGGUGGCCUGCCUUUGUUUUUGGGGUUUUUGUUUUUUUCUUUAAAAAAAGGGGCAGAUGGGGAUUAGUUCUUUCAUUCCCUCAUUUUUCUCUUUUUUUUUUCCACAUAAAUCUUUAAUGUCUUCUAAACUCACUUUGGAUAAUUUUAUUCUCAAUUAAUUUGGUGCACUUUCCUACGGUCACACACACACACACACACAGUCCUCCUUUCUUUGUUUUUCUAAAAAAAAAAAAAAAAAAGUUGGAUAAUUCGCCAAUAUUUUUUUUCUUUUUUUCUCAAUUUUAUUCAUUUUUUUCCUUUUCUUUCACAUUUUUAAAAUGAACAUCUAGAAGACAUAUUAAUAAAUUAAUACAUAUAUUCACUAUACACAAUUAAAAAAAAAUAUUUCAGAAUUGCUUUUUUCUCCGGCAGAGAAAGACACACACACACACACACACACACACAGCCCCUUUUGUGUGUUUUUCUAAAAAAAAAAAAAACAUUGAUAUCUUUCUCUGAUAUGUUUGUUCUCUCUCUGUAGAGGUUUUUGGGGGUUUUUUUUUGCUAUUUUAUAAAAAAAAAUAAUCUUUCACAUCUUUAAAAUAAACUUGCAGGGGUCACAUUAGCAAAUUUACACCUAUAUUCACGCAGAAAUCUAUUUUUUAAUUGUAUCAAAUCUAGGAUAUUUGACUAAAUUAUUUUCAUCUUAAGACCAUUUAGCGUUUUAUUUCCUCCGGCAGAGAGAGACACGCGCUCACGCUUUUUCAUUUUCUAAUAUUUCUUUUUUUUUUUCUCUCGUAUUUUUUCCACAUCUUUAAAAUGAACUUCCACUCGUCACAUUAACAAGUGAACAUAUAUAAACAUAUAUAAACAUAUAUAUAUAUUCACCUGACAGAAAUAUUUCAAAAAAGAAUCUGGGAUAUUUUUAUUUAAUUUUCAAAAGUGUAUUCUGGAUUAAUUUCAGUUACUUCCCCCGGCAAAGAGAGAUACACACACAAAUAGCCCUUUGUGUAUCUAAAAAAAUAUACAUAAUAUAUAUAUAUAUAAUUAUAUGUUUAAGUUUUUUCCUUAAUUUUAUUCAAUAUACAUUUUUUGGGCUUAAAAUGAACUUCUAGGAGUGAAUAUCUGAAUGAACAUCUAUCUAUAUUUUAUAUAAAUAUAUAUAUACAUAUAUAUAUAUGUUUAUAUAUACACACACCUUACAGAAAUCAUUUUUAAAAAUUAUGUUUAAAAGCUGGACUAUAGUGGGUUUCUAAGCAUUUUUUAUUCCAGAUUAAUUUGUGUUCAGCGAGAGACACACACACACACACACACACACACAGAGCCCCACGACACUAAAGACAAUUUGAAACAUCUCAAAAAAAAAAAAAGAUGAAAAAGAAACACACAUAAAUGGAAUGUUGCUUUGGCUCUUUUUCUAUGUAUACAGUAUAUAUACAUAUAAUUCUAUGAGUAUAGCUCUAAAAAACUCUUUUCUGCACUAUUUGGUUCUGAAUGCCAACUUUACGUGGUGUAAAAUCUAGAUGUGCUUUUGUGUGUUUUAGCCCAGGUUGUCUUCCUGCCGUCACACAGACAUGAAUCCAGUACUCUAGCAUCUGGGCUGUACUCGCUAGUUGUAAUAUUUCUUGUGCUGUAUUGAGCAAGCGGGGAAGCGUGGCACUCAGAAGGAAAAGGCCACUUGACCUAGCGUUGUUGUUUUGACCACUAACGCGCAGGCGUCUCCUAGGCUCAUUAUGCAACCUGGACAAUUGACCCUUUUUUUUUUUUUUUUACUAAAUAAACACACAACACUAGUAUUACAAUCAUCUACAGCAUCUCUUUCACUUGGAUAUGCUCGUCUUGUGUGGUCCAGUGUGGCGAGGGUGCACAGUCUUUACCAGUCUCCUCAGGCCUGCAGAAUAAAUAUCAGCAAAAUUCAGUUAAUAGUUCAUAUUUGAGUUGAUGCUUUCAAUAUUCUGUUCAUUUAUUGGAUUAUUUGUGUGUAAAAUGCAAUAAUUAAUCGUCAGCAUCCGACAUUCUCCACAUUUAGUGCAGUGGAACCUCCAAAGUGGACGCUGGUUGACUUCCAAAGUGUUCAAAUUUUGAAAUAAUAGGAAAUAUUUAAAAUAGAAUUCCAGCCAAUAUUAAACCUUUAUUAGCUACACAGGUAUUGUUUAAGUCACUUUCUUAACAAGUUCAAUCAAACUAAAAUGAAGCAAAACUACCGUAAUUAUAACCAAGGGAUUUAUUUGUCAAAACCUGGGCUGCAUUUCUGAAAUUUUAAAACUCAUUACAGUAAUUCCUAGCCCUUUCGCGCUUCAAAUUUCGUGGCUUCACUCUAUCACGGUUUUUCAUAAAUACAUUAAUUAAUAAAUCAUCUUUGUUUUGUGGUUGAUUGCGGCCUAUUAUGAGUCCAAAAUAUGUAUAUUUUAGCAAAUUUUAAAUAAAUUUACAAAUGUUAAAUGGAGAUCAAAGAUGUGAUAUGUAGUAUUCUACACUGGUCACUAGGUGUCAGUAAUGUUAUUAUAGUGUUGGGUGAGAUACACAGGCACCAAAAUUGAUCGCCAGAACAACUGGCUUUUAUUGCAGGUUUGAAUGAUUUCAUAAUAGGCACAAUAAUCCCUAACACAGGCUAACGCCAAGCUAAAACUCAACUCAGAUCCCUCACUUCCUGUCAGCUUGCCAUUCAGCUCCCCGAGUACCGGAACCCAUUUACAGCAACACACACACGUACACAUAAGUCUCAUUUAUGUCUGAAAUGUCUUAUUUUCUGUUAUUAUGUCUACUAUAUUGAGUAAUACGAGUGUAAAAGUGACUAUCAAGGUGUUAUUUUAUGUCUAGAGGUCUCUAAUAAUAUUAAAAACCUGUAUUUAGAAGGUCGUAAGCAGGUUUUCUAUGUUCUAACUGCAAAAAUAUGCCAUUUAUAAAUUCACUUAUCAUGGUCAGGCCUGGAACCAAUUAACCACGAUUAACUAGGGAUUUCUGUAUAUAUAAUAACUAUAUAUUUUUUAAACUUUAAUAACCAUUUGGAGUGCAUGAGAAAGUGCAAAGGAAAAUGAGAACCAAUGUUGUAAUAGUGGUAUGAAGCAAAUGACUCCACCCUUAUUAAUAGCACUGAUGAGUUCAUUGCAAACAUCAGCAGGGCAAGUGUAACACUCUUGACAGCUGAGUAGUGUGACAGACACAUUAAAGCGCAUGCAGAGGCAGAUAAAGCUGCUGGAUGCUCACCACUCGCAAUCCCUUAAAUGCAGCUUGUGAAGAUAAUAAAAACUGCAUAAGGAGAAGCAAUGUUUUUGCCCUAAUUAGGCACCUGGUUAUUUGCUUUUGUCAACCACGCGCCCGGGGACUAUAGGAGACUCCUUUAUUUAUUUAUUUUUAUUUUUUUAUUUAUUUAAAAGCGAUAUUAAUUGGAACACUUACGGUAGUAACCAUUCCCUUGACAGACACCUAAUGGAAAGAGUACAGGAAGAUGUUGAUACCAGCAUGAUACCGUCCCCGAGUGGUGUUUUAUAAGUAGUGCUGCAAUUUACAAUACAAUUUACAAUGAUAUUGUUGUGAUUUUAUAGCGCAGAUACAGUGGACCCUUUCCUUUAUGUUUACAGUCAGUUCCACAUCCAGUCAUCCUAGUCACCCAAAAUAAACUAAAAGAAGAAGCAUAACACAGAGUUCAUCUUCUAGGUUGUCAGUAGGUGUCCAAACUUCAUCGGAUACUUAAACGAUACGAUUAAACUUCGAAACACGUUCAGACCGCAAGCCACAAACAUAUACUGUUAAAUGUAGCGGGGCUCGCAAAAACAGUGCUACUUAUAAAGCAAAAUCGUACUUAGCGAUUUUAUAAUUAAAGCAAAGUCUCAUAUUUGUGUGACAGAAAUCCCUUGUUUAUCGCGGUUAAUUGGUUCCAGGUCUGAUCGUGAUAAGGGAAUUUUCCUGGGAAUCCUAAUUUACAAAUGGAGUAGUUUUGUAGUUACAGCAUAGAAAGCCUGUUUGCAAUCUUCUAAAUACGGUUUUUAAUAUUAUUAGAGCCCCGUAGACAUGAGAUAACACCCCUAUAGUCACCUGUACAUUCUCAUAACCCAAUAUAUCAGACAUGAGAAAAGAAAGUAAGCCAUUUAAGACAUAAAUAAGACACAAUAUUGACUCACAAGUUAGCUUUGGGAGAGUUUGGGAGAAAUCAUACAUACAGUAUCGUCACAACAUCUUUGAAUGCAUCUUCUGAAUGCCUUUAUAUUUGUAUUGUAGUUAAAGUAGCCAUUUUUAUGCUUGAAAAUGCUUUGUUUAGGCAAAAAAAAUACAUAAAAUUAGCUUCAAUAUGCAUACUGUAUUCGAUCAUGAAACAGCAAUGAUUUAUUACUAUAUUUUUGAAAAAACAUGACAGAGUGAAGCCAUGAAAUUGGAAGCGUGAAGUGGUGAGGGAUUACUGUGUUAGAUGACACCACACACCAAUUAGUUUACCAUUUUUAAUUUUCAUUUAAUGCUUUAGUUCUCUUCUUGUAACAUUACUAUUUUAUUCCUUUAAUAUUAUAACUUUUCCCCAACCUAAUUUUCCAAAUAUUGCCGUAAAACUUCAUUUUGUUUUGUUUAUUUGUUGUUGUUUGUUUUAAUAUUUUGACAUAAAAAGGCAUGUUUUCUUUUCAUGAUACUAAAUGAAAUUAUUUUUCCUCAUUUUUGUACAAUUUUCCUCGUUAGAAUACGACUUGUUUCUUUUAAUAUUUUGACUUUAUUCUCGUAAAAUUACCGAUGUUUUUUUUCCAACUAUUUAAACUUUCUUCUUGGAAAAUUAGGACUUUAUUCCCAUAAUAUUAUAACUUUUUCCCCCAAUCUAAUUUUCCAAAAAUUAUUUAUUUUGUUUGUUUCUCAUAAUAUUAAAAAUAAUAAAAAAAAAAACAUAUUUUUUUCUUUAAUAUUUCAACUUUAAACUACAAAAAUGACGUGCUUGUCUUAAAAUUAUAGCUUUUUCUCAUUUAGAUUACAGCGUCUCUCUCUUAAUAUUUUGACUUUGUCCAUGUAAAAUUACUGCAGAUUUUUCCAUUUUUGCUGUUGUUUUUUUUUUAGCUUAUUUGUUAAACUAUAUCUUUACAAUUUGCCGCAGGCCAAUAAAAAAACAAACCGCGGGCCACGCUUUGGACACCCGUGCGCUACAAGUUCGGUAAAUUACAGCACCGCCACCUAGUGUCCAACAUAAGUACAACGAUAAAUACAUUUUUACAAUUUGCAGCUGGCCGCUACUACCAAAAGGUCAGCGACCGUCCACAAAUGGCCCCUGCGCCAGACUUUGGCCACCCCUACCUGGAAAUUGUACCACUUUUCAAGGUUCCACUGUCACGUUGUGUAAAUACGAGCAAAGAGUCUCCUCACCUGGUGAAAUAAAUCAUGUGACUGCAUCCCAGCUUAUUUUAAUGGCAAGCCCCCACGCCACUGAUGAUGAUGAUGAUGAUGAUGAUGACAUGAAUUGUUGCAAUAUCCUCUCACCUGCCUGGAUGUACUGUAUUUAGCAGCAUGCCGUUUGUGGAAGCAAGAAAAAGAGACAUGCCUACAAGCUAGCAACCUUUUGGCACACUUAGCCAUUUAAUGGGUAAGUGAUUUAUUUAUCUUGUUUUUAAUGAUUUUUUUUAAAUCUCUAAAAUAAUAAUAAUAAUAAUAAUAAUAAUUGUAAAUAAAGAACUUAAUGUCUUUGUUCAUUUAAUACUAUGCAAAAAGUCAUGCUUUUUAUUUUCUGAUUGUCACCCCCCCUCCCCUUAUGAAGCCCUAUAUAGAGUGUGUUGCUGGAAUGUUUGUGCUCUCCAAAAAAAAAAAAACGAAAAAAAUCUCCAAAUCACUUACAUGAUGUGAUGUAAACGACUUUUCUAGCUUGGGGAAAUCAUUCUGAUACAAGAGGGAGGAUGCUGAUGAUGAUGAUGAUGAUAAUCACCUGUGACUCUUGCUGCUUGACUGUUCCGCUCACCACACUCCUGACAACGAGCGCAAGUGCGAGUACAAAAAAAAAAGAAGAAAAACACAACAAAAAAUAUGAAAAAUCAUUCCAAUAAAAUCUCCCAGAGCAGCAUGACCCAGCAUGGUGUGUCCUGGCCCCGUG